AUGGCGGCUGAUCCCAGCUAUCCUCUGCUCCCUGUAGCGAACAUCCUAUGCGCAGGAUGCCUAUUCUUACUCUUGGUCAUGAAUGUGCUCCGGAGGUCGCACGCGUUCAAUGUGGUCGUGAACCUUCUGUCUUUCUCCUUGUUCUGGGAGACGCUCCUCAAUGGCAUCGGCAUGAUUGUGUGGGCAAACGACGCUAACAUCAAGGCGCAUGCAUUCUGCGACAUAGUAUCUCACGUCAACAUGUUCAAUCUUGUGGCCAAACCCGCUUACACUCUGCUUCUAUCACGCCAACUGAAGAACAUCGUCGCCGUCAGAACGGUUCGGCCCAUAUCCUCGGUGCAGAGGAAGGAGGAUCUGAUGUUUGAGAUAGGCAUAGGCGUCAUUCUUCCUGCGCUAUGUGCUGGACCGCUUUACUACGUGGUUCAACCUAGCAGAUUCUCCAUCAUCGAGGGCUUCGGCUGCGCCGAUGUCAUCGCUAUGAACGGCGUUACUUUGAUGACAAUAUAUUUAUGGCUCUUUCUCUUACCUCUGUUCUCGGUACUAUUCUACUUUCCCAGGAUUGUAUUAUUCCUCUAUCGCCAUAGCAGGCUCUACAAGCAGAUCUAUGGGCCGUCGCGUCGCGAGCAAACCCACGACAUACCUUGGGCCACACAAGAACACGGCAGACGUCUGUUCAUUCUUGGUUGCCUGGACAUACUCCUGUCCCUUCCGGUGGGGCUCUUGAUCAUCAUUGUCGAUGUAGCAGGCGCCAUCCAAGACGGGACGUUCUCGUUCUACCCCGGCUGGCACGAGAUCCACACCAACUGGCAACCAAGAGCCAUCAUCUACGCCGACCUCCCGCUCAUGGGCUGGCCGGGUCUGGUCGACUUCUACUUCUCCAAGUCCUCAAGCAUAGUGCUCGGUUUCUGCAUCUUCGCCCUCUUUGGCUGGACGAAACAGACGCGUGCCACGUAUGUGCAGCUGUUCUGGGGCGUCCUUGGUGUCUUCGGCAAGAAGAAGACGAUGCAUGAUCCGUCUGUCACCGAGCUGCCCACGAUUCGCUUCUCGAAGGGCAAGACGAAGUUACGCAACAAGGGCGAGCACGGCGUUCAAGUCGAGGUGCUGACUGCCGUCACGAUGGAUCCUACGACGACAUUUGAAGUCCGCUUGAGCUUCGAAGGCACUCCAGGUGGGAGCGAUGCUGAUUCCAAGUGCAAGGAAACUACGGACGCGCAGAAGUCCGUGCUGGACGCCGUAGAAGGUGAUGGGUAA